AUGGAUCCAAAUCAAGAAAAUUUAUGCAAUGAGGAAAAGCCUAAACUUUCUAGCCUGGAUCCCCAAAAAUCAAAGCCAAAUUCUAAAGAAACCCUUAAACAAAGACUGAUGUUUGCAAUUUUAUCUUUAUUAAAUAAACAGUGCAAACUCACUACUAAAUCAGGAAAAAGCUAUCAAGGACGUUUAAAUAAUUAUACAUCUGAAGGAGCUUGCUUAAUGGACUGCAAAAUUGAAGGAGGAAUGAUUCAGAAACAAAAAUUUUUAAUUCAUGAUAUAUUAUCACUUGAAUUUAAAAGUAUUUCAGUAAUUUCUUUCAAAAAAUUUAAGACUGACAAAGAAAUAUCCAGAUCAAGAAGCAACAAGGAAAGAGAAUUAGAAAGGUUUGAAUGUGAAGGAGAAGAAGACACCCUUGAUCAAAAUAAUAUAAAAGGCUGGAAUCAGUUUGAAUUCAAUGAAAAAAAUUUUGGAGUCAAAAGCACAUAUGACGAAAAAUAUUACACAACAAGUGCUGUCAGUGAGCAUGAAUUGACUGAAGAACAAAUCAAAAGAGCUCAUAAGAUCGAAAUGGAGCUGGAAGGAAGCAAAGGAGAUGAAGCUUUAGAAGAUGACGAAGAAGCUAUGUUUGGGGCUGUUCGUGGAUCAGGCAGAUAUAAAAGCGAAAACAAGAAAACAAAAAAUAAAAAAAAUAAACCGCAAAAUACACAAGAGCAAACAGAAACAAAAGAAACUGAAAAUCAAAGCCCAACCCAGCUUUCAGCACCAUCCACUAUUCAGAACACUAUUGGGACACCAAAAGACCACUAUAAACAAGUCAGAAAAGAGCUCGUUCACCCCAAGCUUGAAAAAUACUCAAAUAUCGGGCAAUCUGUAAGACCUUUGAAUUUAAUUCUUGCCACCCCGGAAGUCCCUGAAGAAGUGAAAAAUGAAUUUUCCAGAUUUAAAAAAGAGAAAGGAAAAAGCAUCACAAGAGAAGAGCAGGUUGAGAGUUUUAAAGAUUUUUCCAAAAAUAUUGACUCAAAAAUUAGGACAACUAUUUCUAGGGUAACUUUUAUAUAGAAAAAUAGUGAAAUCACUGAUAAUCCCAGAGAACCAAUUGAGCCUCCUAUUGUGGAACCUCCGAAGCCUUUAAGUCUGAUUAUGGGAUAUCUGGAGAACUGGGCAAGCUCAGAGAGAGAUAUAGAAUUUACACGAUGGAGCUAA